AUGCAGGGUUAUUUUUCAGAGAUUUAUUUUUGAUCAAUUUAUCAUCAAAUGGAAUCAAAAAUGGAUGCUCCUCCUCAGUACGCGUCUGCACCACCUGGUACCUAUGCCCAGACGAGUCAGCCACUAGCAUAUCAUCAACCAUAUGCACACCAACCGCAGCAACAGUAUGCGCCUCAACAGCAGCAGCAAGCAUACGUACAACCUUCCAACGUGAACGUUGUCGUGCAACAACCUACGCCACAGAAGAUUUACGUGGAGGCGCGUAAUUACCCGCUUCCCAGAUCUUGGAAAUCGGGUCUUUUCGGAUGUUUUGAUGACUGUGGAAACUGUCUUCUGACUUGGUUCUGUGGUCCAUGCAUGCUGUGUUCCGCGGCGAGUCGGAUGGGAGAGAGCAUGUGUAUAGUGUGCUUCACUCCACACCCGCUGUCGGCCAUGAGGACUAAGACCAGAAUGAUGUAUGGCAUCCACGGAAGUCUCUGUGACGACUGUUGCGUCGCCACAUUCUGUUACCCCUGUGCACAGUGCCAAAUGCAACACCAGCUCUCCCACAUGGUCGAACUGCCAUAAAAGGAAUGCAAGUCAAGUCAAGCAAACUGGACUGGACAGGAAACAGAAAUGUAAAUAUUGUGAACGAACUUGAAGUAAUUGUGAAUUAAUGGAGAACCUGAAAAUCAUGUCCCUUGGCUGAAAAAGCUAUCCUUUAAUGUGAACGAGAAUAACCAAAAAUUAUGAACAUAAAAGUUAACCCUGCAGCUGUAACUCAAUUUCAAAAGAGAAUAACUUGAAAAGUGAAAAUAUUCUAGAUUUUGAACCAAUCUAUCCAUGGAUCUUCUAUCCAUUUGAAAUCAUUAAAUGUGUUUGUGUGCUUUAUAAUCGCCUUAAUAUUUGACCAGAGUAGUGUCAUCAAAUUCAUCUAAUGCAUUUCGGACAUUUUAACUUGAUGAUAUCCUGCUAUCUGAACUGAUUAACCGCCACCAGUUUGAGGUCUUACUGCUUACUGUUGUCUAUUGAAAUGCUUUCAAAUUAUGAAUCCAACAAUCUAGCUCCAUAUUUUCGUACGGUGUAGAGUUGGUAGUGUUAUCGUUUUAGUUUUUAUCUCUCAAUCUUGAGUUAGAUCUAUAUACAAUAGUUAAGCGUACACAGUUUUGAUUUUUUUUGCGAUAGGUUAAAUGUUUAAUAGAUCCAAAUUUACUCACACAUCCAUUAUCGAACUUGAAGAUUACUGAAUGCUUAUUCUGUUUCAUUCUAAGUUGAUGUUGGGUACUGUUUAUUGACGCACAACACUUUCACCGUACAACUUUCAAUCGCAUUUUUUUUUCGGUUGUCUAAAUGUUGAGAUUGACUGGAGCUGUGAAAUUUAUAAAAUUCUAGAAAUUUUGGUAAUCUUUUGAGCAUUUUAUUUUUCUGUUAUUUUUGAAGAUAUCUGAAAUUCGUCCUUCCAGAACACUGGUGCUGUUGCUUGCGAUGUCUUCCUCCUGCUAGAGCCAUCAUAUCUUUCUCUAUCUUUUCUAUGUUAAUCGAGGACUUUCCUGGUGAUCGAAAAUAGGUCUUUUCUGUUACAAGGCCCAAAAUUUGUAUUAAUGAUGUUAUGAAAAUUGGAUCAUGUUUGAAUCUAAUUGACUGAAAUAGAAUAUUAAAACAAAAGGAAUUCUGAAGUUAAUUGCAAAGAUAUUAGCUCAUUUAAUGUUUUGAUUAUUUUGUUUCUCGUAACAGAAAUGACCCCCUUGAGAACUAUUUUGAUACCUUUAAAAUUGCAAGAUGAACUCUUUUCCAGUUCCUUAGACUGAAGUUCGUAAACGCUAUGUGUAAAAAACGCUAUCAUAAUUCUAACAGGCGACAGCGAUGAUUGUUUUGAUUGCAACUUGAUCCAACUUUCAAAAUGGUCAGGGAAACUGUCGUUUUUUUUAAUUGGAAAAGAGGCUCAUGUAUUGUUACAUGUUAACAAAAAUUUCUAUACAAGUUCAGUACAACAUGACUAAAUAUCAAUUGAAGAGACUUAUAUUAUGUAAUCUUUCCAUAGGAUUUCCGGAAUUUCUCCUGUAGAUAAAAUUUAUUUUUGAUAUUGUAAUUGGGGUUUCUAAGUUUUGUUGAACAGAUGAUAAACUUAAAGUUGAAAACAGUGAUUGGAAUAUUAGUUAUAUUUUACUAUAAAGAAUUAAAUAAUUUCGAUUUCG